CUAUCUGUUAUUCAUUGAAUGAUAUUGGCACUAUUGUUGAAACUAAUUAACCAUAUAUGUAAGGGUUUAUUUCUGGACUCUACUCAAUUCCAUUGGUCUGUAUGUCUGUCUUUAUGCUGGUGCCACACGGUUCUGAUUACUAUAGCUUUGUAGUAACUUUUGAAAUCAGGAAGUCUGAGUCUUCCAACUUUCCUCUAUUCUUUCAGGAUUACUUUGGCUAUUCAGGGUCCUUUGAUAUUCCAUUGAAAGGGCAGGCCUAUGCCAGCGGACUCCAUCUUGUUCUGUGUCCUUCACCUUGACCACACCUCCUCCCCUUGAGUAACCCCCAACCCUCACCUGCCUAACAGGACUCGGACCCUUCCCCAGCCAAUCGGCUGAGGCCAUAGCCAUUACCUCACCAACUGCCCCUAGGCCCCAAUAAAACCUUUGUCCUUUUGAAACUCGCUCUCUCUCCCCGGUAUCUCACCACUGCGUCGGUGCAGGUAGGGGAUUGAGCUCGAGCUAGCUCGAAUAAAGGCUCUUUUGCUUUUACAUCGGACUCGGCUCCCUGGCGGUAUUUGGGGAUCACGAAUUCUGGGCAUAACAUUUGGGGGCUCAGCCCGGGAUCCCCAAGACCCCCGAGGGACCCCCGACCCGGAGAGCCUGACUGGCCAUGGUUAGUGUCUGUCUGUUUGUUCUGUCUUUUCUGUGCGAGCUCAUUUCUGGAAUUCUGGUAGUGCCUGAUGCGGUCUAAGUGGACGCACUGGAGGACCAUGGGCCAGGAGUUUCGGAAGAUGUUCCGAUCCUCCCUUCUGGAGGGACGUGGAAUCCCCUCAAAGGUCUGAGACGAGGCGGGUCGCUCCCACUGGUCGGCGUGAGGCCGUCGUCAUUGGAGGGAUGUGGAAUCCCCUCAUCGGUUUUGGAGGGACGUGGAAUCCCCUCAAAUGUCUAAGCUAGCUCUCAGUUUUGCUUCCAUGGAGUUGGAAGACUUUCUAGGGGCCCUCUGUCUGUUUUUGUGUUUCUCUGUUUUGUUCUGUGGACUUACUGGACGGACGUUAUGGGACAGACUCAGACUACUCCUCUAAGUAUUAUGAUUGAUCACUUUAAGGAUGUGAGGGGAAGAGCUAACAACCUCAGUGUGGAAGUCUGAAAGGGUCGGUGGCAGUUUUUUUGUUCUAGUGAGUGGCCAACUUUCAAUGUCGGAUGGCCACCAGAGAGGACCUUCGACCUCCCUACUAUCCACCGAGUCAGGAGUAUCAUCUCUCGGCCUAAGACGGGCCAUCUUGAUCAGCUCCUUUACAUUAUCACUUGGCAGGACCUUGUAGAAGACCCACCCACUUGGCUUAAGCCCUUCCUAGCUCCGCUCCCUCCAGAGCCAAAACCCAUUCUUGCUUUGCAGGGGACAAAGAAGAGGAAAAGUCUUACCCAGCCUUCAGCACCCCUCUACCCUGUCCUACAGGGGGGUACUGAAGAAGAAUUAAUUUUUCCUCCCCCGUAUAACCCCUCUAGGAUGCCGGAAGAACACCAUCCUCCCCCUCCGGGGGAGGCAGACGCUGUUCCAAGAGCGGGAGGUGGAAAUGCUCCAGUGGGAAGCCCCCCCUUUACCAGACAAAGGGCUCAGAGGGAGCAAUCCGCCUCCGCCACCGACUCCACUAUUCUGCCCCUGCGAGCCACCGGACCCCCAGACGCGGAGGGGAAUCAACCCCAUCACUAUUGGCCUUUCGCCACUAGUGACCUCUACAAUUGGAAAGCUCAGAAUCCUAAGUUUUCCAAGAAACCGGCAGGGCUUAUUGAUUUAUUAGACUCUGUUCUUUUUACCCAUCAGCCCACGUGGGACGAUUGCCAGCAGCUUUUGCAGGUCCUGUUCACCACUGAAGAAAGAGAAAGAAUCCUCAAUGAGGCCCGAAAACUAGUUCCGGGCACAGACGGGAGUCCCACCACCAACCAGGCUCAGAUAGAUGCCUCCUUCCCCUUAACUCGGCCCCAGUGGGAUUUCAACACGGCAGAAGGUAAGGAGAGGCUCCGCGUCUACCGCCAGACUCUAAUGGGGGGUCUCCGAAUGGCUGCUAGAAAGCAAACCAAUUUGGCCAAGGUAGGAAAUGUACAACAGGGAAAAGAUGAAUCUCUGGCUGCCUUUUUAGAACAGAUCAUGGAGGCAUUCCGUACCUAUACCCCCAUGGAUCCAGAGGCUCCGGAAAGCAAGGCAGCUGUUAUCAUGGCCUUUGUAAACCAAUCGGCCAUAGACAUUAGGAGAAAAUUACAGAAAAUAGAUAGACUAGGAGAAAAAAGUCUGCAGGACUUACUGGUGGUAGCCUAAAAGGUAUAUAACAACCGGGAGCCUCCUGAGGACAAGCAGGCUCGCACCAUGGCGGCUGCCAGCAGUAAGCAGACUCGAGACCUGGCCAGAAUACUACUAGUUACCACUGUUGACUUCCCCGAGGAAUGAGACUGCCGUCUCCAGCAGCUGGCAGACGACGCAAGAAAAGGUAAAAGAACCACCAAGGGGGGGAAGCAGAGGCUGCAGAAGGAUCAGUGCGCAUACUGCAAGGAGAUAGGGCAUUGGGCCCGAGAUUGUCCAAAAAGGGCCGGCGGGAAGGGAAGCAAGACUGAUGGAGUAAAAGUCCUAGAGCUAGAUAAACUAAGUGAUUAGGGGAGUCGGGGUUUGGACCCUCUCCCCGAACCCAGGGUAACUCUUAAAGUGGAGGGGACCCCUGUUGACUUCCUUGUCGACACCGGAGCACAACAUUCGGUCCUCCGCACCCCACAAGGAAAACUAGCCAGCAAGAAGUCCUGGGUACAAGGAGCAACUGGUAUGAGCCAGUAUUCAUGGACUACCCGAAGAACAGUAGAUUUGGGGACGGGCCGGGUAUCCCACUCCUUUAUGGUAAUACCAGAAUGCCCCUACCCGCUGUUAGAAGGGGACUUACUGACCAAGAUUGGAGCUCAGAUAACUUUCAGACAAGGGGGGCCUCAGGUCACCGAUGGCAAGGGCCACCCCAUCCAGGUCCUGACCAUGAAACUGGAGGAUGAAUACCUCCUCCACCAGGAGGCGCUCCCGAGAGAGGAUAAUAUAGACAGAUGGCUACAAGAAUUCCCCUCGGUUUGGGCAGAGACUGCGGGGAUGGGACUAGCCACUCAUAGGACCCCAGUCCUGGUAGAGCUCAAGCCAGGAGAGAGUCCGGUAAGGAUCAAACAAUACCCCAUGUCUCAGGAGGCCCGGAAGGGGAUCCAGCCACCCAUCCGGAGACUACGAAGCCUAGGGGUACUAGUUCCUUGACAGUCUGCCUGGAACACCCCCUUACUGCUGGUCAAAAAGCCUCACACAAAUGACUACCGACCGGUACAAGACCUCCAGGAAGUAAAUAAGAGGGUCGCGGACAUACACCCAACUGUUCCCAACCCAUAUACUCUCUUGAGCUCCUUGGCGCCCUCCAGGGUCUGGUAUACUGUACUAGAUUUAAAGGACGCCUUCUUCAGUCUGCCGCUGGCACCCCAGAGCCAACCCUUGUUCGCCUUUGAGUGGCAUGAUCCGGAGGAGGGCUACAGUGGGCAACUCACCUGGACACGGCUACCUCAGGGAUUCAAAAAUUCACCCACCAUCUUCGACGAGGCACUACACGAGGACCUGGGUGAGUACAGAAGGGAGCACCCUGGCCUCACCCUUCUACAGUACAUAGAUGACAUCCUGAUUGCUGCCGACAUGGCCAAAGACUGUGAGCGAGGGACCCAGGACCUGCUGGCUACCCUGGGGGCCUUAGGGUACCGGGCAUCCGCGAAGAAGGCUCAGAAAUGCAGGGAGAGGGUAAGUUACCUGGGAUAUAUCCUGGAGGGCGGACAGCGGCAGUUAUCAGAUGCCAGAAAAGAAACUGUCCUAAAGAUCCCUACUCCCACCUCCCGAAGAGAAGUGAGGGAAUUCCUGGGAUCAGCCGGCUACUGCCGCCUCUGGGUUCCAGGUUUUGCUGAGAUCGCCAGGCCCCUAUAUGAAGCUACCAAAGAGGGGAAAACAUUUAAAUGGGCUGAAAAAGAAGAAACUGCCUUUAAUCAGUUAAAAAAGGCCCUCCUAAGUGCCCCAGCCCUGGGCCUACCAGACAUUACGAAGCCCUUCCACCUCUUUGUAGACGAACAUAAGGGAAUAGCAAAAGGGGUUCUAACUCAAGCCUUAGGCCCCUGGAACUGCUCAGUGGCUUACCUGUCUAUGAAACUAGACCCAGUGGCUGCCGGAUGGCCGCCAUGCCUAAGAAUUAUUGCAGCGACAGCACUCCUAGUCAAGGAUGCAGACAAACUGACCCUAGGACAGGAGAUCUGGAUCACGACCCCACAUGCCAUUGAAGGGGUCCUGAAACAGCCUCCGGAUAGAUGGAUGAGCAAUACACGUAUGACUCAUUACCAGAGCCUCCUACUCAACCCUCCACGAGUGUGGUUCCACCCCAGUGCAGCCCUCAAUCCUGCAACCCUGCUGCCCGACCCUGACCUAGGUGCUCCACUACAUGACUGUGCGGGAAUCCUGGAACAAGUACAUGGAUUCCGGAGGGACCUGAACGACCGGCCCCUCCCCGAUGCCGAGGCUACUUGGUUCACUGAUGGCAGCAGCUUUGCAGACGGACACAGGUAUGCAGGUGCAGCGGUGGUCACUGAAACGGACACCGUAUGGGCGGAGGCUCUACCCUCCGGAACGUCAGCCCAGCGAGCAGAGCUCAUAGCCCUCACCAAGGCGCUGAUGCUGGGAGCUGGAAAACGGCUUAACAUCUACACAGACAGCCGUUAUGCGUUUGCCACAGCUCAUAUUCAUGUGGCAAUUUAUCAGGAGAGGGGGUUACUGAUGGCAGAAGGACGGACUAUAAAAAAUAAGCAGGAGAUACUUAACCUGCUUACGGCCUUAUGGCUUCCUGCCAAGCUAGCCAUUAUCCACUGCCAAGGGCACCAAAAAGCUGAUAACCCAGUAGCUAGAGGUAAUCGAAAGGCUGACCAGGCAGCCAAGGCAGUAGCCCUUACUUCAGUCCCCACCAUGACCAUACAACUACCGGACCUGGGAGACCCAGUUUUACCAGACCAGCCCAAAUACUCCCAGGAGGAGUUACAGCGGAUCAAGAAACUCCCCAUGGCCCAGGAGAUAAAGGGAUGGUGGUAUACACCUAACAAGGAGCUCGUGCUGCCAGACCGGCUCGGAGUCUCAAUAUUAGAGCACAUGCAUCGGUCUACUCACAUGGGACGAAAAUUAAAAGACUUAAUCCGACAUGCCGGAAUCAAGAUUCACCAACAGGACACCAAAAUAGAGCAAGUUGUAUCUGCCUGCAAGACCUGCCAACUCGCCAACGCGAGAGCCACAUCAAAUAAAAAAGGAACCAGGCUCAGAGGCACCAGACCGGGAGCCCGAUGGGAAGUCGACUUCACUGAAGUCAAACCAGGAAAGUAUGGUUUUAAAUAUCUUUUAGUAUUUAGAGACACCUUCUCUGGCUGGGUGGAGGCAUACCCAACCAAGCAUGAAACGGCUCAGACGGUGGCUAAGAAGCUACUAGAAGACAUCUUACCCAGGUAUGGUUUUCCUGCCAUGGUAGGAUCAGACAAUGGACCAGCUUUUAUCUCUCAGGUAACACAGGCAGUAGCCAAGGCGGUGGGGGCAAACUGGAAAUUACAUUGUGUUUAUAGGCCCCAGAGCUCAGGACAGGUAGAAAGAAUGAAUAGAACCCUAAAAGAGACCCUUACCAAAUUAACCAUGGAGACUGGCGGGGACUGGGUGACUCUCCUACCGUUCGCCCUUUACCGGGUUAGAAACACUCCUUACACUCUGGGUUUUACUCCCUACGAGAUCAUGUUUGGCAGGCCACCCCCUGUUAUUCCCAGCCUUCGAGCUGAACUUAUUGCUGAGUUUAAAGAUCAAGAACUUUUUCUUUCCUUGAGCAGGCUCCAGAGGGCGCAUGAGGACAUUUGGCCGCGCCUCCGUGCCAUCUAUGAGGCUGGCCCGACCCCGACACCUCAUCAGUACAGGCCGGGAGACUGGGUCUAUGUCAAGAGGCACCACCAAGAGACCCUUGAGCCGCGCUGGAAGGGACCCUACAUCGUGGUGUUGACAACCCCCAUUGCUCUCAAAGUAGACGGCAUCGUGACCUGGGUCCAUCACACCCACGUUCAGCCAGUGGACCCCUCCUCAAUCCGGAAGGACUUCGUCACUCGAUGGUCCAUCAGUCGGGACCAACACAACCCGCUCAAGCUCAAGCUGCAGCGCAUUCAACCCACCUAAUAUUGGUAACUCUGUUAACUCUGCUUGUCAUUGCUCAUGCUGCCAGGAGUCCCCACGCCCCCCAAAACAUCACCUGGCAGAUCAUAGACACCAGCUCGGAGACAAUACUUAAUCAGACCUCCCAGAGCCACCCCAGGGACACUUGCUUCCCAGAACUUUGCGUAAACCUCUAAACUCUGUUCCCCUUGUCACCAUAAAUGCAGCCGGUCCCAUGAUUGGGUCCCUAAGCUACAUGACAAGGGGGGAAUGAAAGGGCGGGCCUACGCCGGCCGACUCCAUCUUGUUCUGUGUCCUUCACCUUGACCACACCUCCUCCCCUUGAGUAACCCCCACCCCUCACCUGCCUAACAGGACUCGGACCCUUCCCCAGCCAAUUGGCUGAGGCCAUAGCCAUUACCUCACCAACUGCCCCUAGGCCCCAAUAAAACCUUUGUCCUUUUGAAACUCGCUCUCUCUCCCCGGUAUAUCACCACUGCUUUGGUGCAGGUAGGGGAUUGAGCUCGGGCUAGCUCGAAUAAAGGCUCUUUUGUUUUUACAUCGUACUCGGCUCCCUGGUGGUAUUUGGGGAUCACGAAUUCUGGGCAUAACACUAUAUGAAUUUUAAGAUGGAUUUUUCUUUGUUUGAAAGGUUAUUUAUUUAUUUGAGAGAGAGAGAGACAGAGAGAGAGAGAGAGAGAGAGAGAGAGAAUGCAGCAGAAGGGCAGAGGGAGAGAGGGAAAGAAUCCCAAGUAGGCUCCAUGCCAUCAACACCGAGCCAAAUGUGGAGCUCAAACCCAGGAAUCAUGAGAUCAUGACCUGAACCGAAAUGAAGAGUCAGAUGCUCAACUAGCUGAACCACCCAGGGGCCCCUAAGAUGGAUUUUUCUAUUUCUGUAAAAAUGUUAAGAUUUUGACAAGGAUUCCAUUGACUCUGUAGAUCACUUUGGAUAGAUGGUAUUGAUAUCUUAACAAUUUUACAUCUUCCAAUCCAUGAACAUAGGAUGUCUUUCCAAUUUAUUUGUGUCUUCUUAAAAAAAUAUUUAGCAAUGUUUUGUAGUUUUCAGUGUAUGUUUUUCACCUCCUGGGUUAAUUUUAUUCCUAAAUAUUUUAUUAUUUUUCAUGAUAUUGUAAAUGGAAUUGUUUUCUUAAUUUCCUUUUGGAAUUGUUAAUUUUUAUUUCAUUUUUUAAAUAUAUUUUUAAAUUUUUCAUUUAUUUUUGAGAGAGAAAGUGAAACAGAGUAUGAGUGGGGAAGGGGAGAGAGAGAGAGGUAGACAGAGAAUCUGAAGCAGGCUCAAGGCUUGAGCUCUCAGCACAAAGCCUGACAUGGGGCUCGAACUCAUGAGCCAUGAGAUCAUGACCUGAGCUGAAGUCAGAUGCUUAAACUAUUGAGCCACCCAGGCUCCCUAUUGAAUUGUCAAUUUUUUAAUGUAUAGAAAUGAAACAGAUUUUUGCAUGAUCUAUUUGUAUACCACAACUUUGGUGAAUUCAUUUAUUACUUCUAACAAUUUUUUUAAUCUUACUGUUCUCUACAUAUAAGAUUAUGUCACCUAUGAACAGAGAUACUUUUACUUUUUACUUUUCCCAUUUGGUGCCUUUAGUUUACUUUCCUUUCUUAAUUUCUUUGCCCAAACUUUCCAGCACUAUGUUUUGUUUUUGUUUUUGUUUACUUUUAUUUAAAUUCAAGUUAGUUAACAUAUGGUGUAGUAUUGGUUUCAGGGGUAGAAUUUAGUGAUUCAUAACUUACAUAUAACACCAAGUGCUCAUCUCAACAAGUGCCCUCCUUAAUGCCCAUCACCCAUUUAACCCCAUUCACUGCCCCUCCAGCAACCCUCAGUUUGUUCUCUGUAUUUAAGAGUCUCUUAUCAUUUGCCUUCCUUUAUGUUAUCUUAUUUUAUUUUCCUUCCCUUCCUCUAUGUUCAUAUUCUAUUUCUUAAAUUCCACAUAUGAAUGAAAUCAUAUGAUAUUUGUCUUUCUCUGACUGACUUAUUUGGCUUAGCAUAAUACACUCUAGUUCCAUCCACUCUAUUGCAAAUGGCAAGAUUUCAUUUUUUUGAUUGCCAAGUAAUAUCCAUAAUAUAUACCACAUCUACUUUAUAAAUUCAUCAGUCGGUGGACAUUUGUGUUGCAGGGAGUAUGGCUGGAGUCACAAAAGAUGAGUCUGCAAACAAAGUGCAGUUAAGUGAAGGUCCUCAUACUGGAGUCGGAAUGAGGUCCCAACUCCAGAAGGAAUCUCCUUUUUAUUAUGAUAAUUGCUAAAGACUACGUGCAUAAAGUCAGCUAAGCAUGUGUUAAUUAAUCUAAUGGUUUAGAUUUUCAAGGUUGAGUUUUGAGUUAAUUGGUUUCUACACCACUAGGAAGGGUCAGGUGUGAAUGAGGAUCCAGCCCUGGACAAUAUUAAUGGCUCUAGGCUUCCUUAUGAGUCACAGCUGGUUCAGCUAUGUAACCAUUUCUUAAGGCCUUGCACCUUCUCCAGGCCUUCCCUUUUGAAGUUUUUUCCUUUGAUGCUUCUAUUCUGCAUUUCCCACAAAUUUGGUCUCUUUCCAUAGUUUGGUUAUUGUUGAUCGUGCUGCUAUAGACAUUGUGGUGCAUGUGCCCCCUUCAAAUGAGCAUUUUUAUAUCCUUUGGUUAAAUACCUAGUUGUGCAAUUGCUGGGUCAGAGGGUAGUUCUAUUUUUAAUUUUUUGAGGAACUUUCACACUGUUUUCCAGAGUGGCUGCACCAGUUUGCAUUCCCACUAAAAGUGCAAAAGUGUCCCCCUUUAUCUGCAUCCUCACCAACAUGUGUUGUUUCCCGAGUUGUUAAUUUUAGCCAUUCUGAGAGAUGUGAGCAUCUCUUCACUUUCAAGUGUUAGCAGAAAAGCUUAUUGUUUUCACCACGGAUUACACUUUUAACUGGGCUUUCUAUACAUGGCCAUUAUUAGAUAUAUUCUGUCUAUUCCUAGUUUGUUGAAUUUUUUAUGAUGUAAAGUUAUUGAAUUUUGCAAAUCUUUUUUCUACAUCAAUUGAGAUAAUCAAGUGGGGUUGUCCCCCUUACACUGUGUUAAUGUGAUGUACUGUAUUGACUUUCUAUAUGUGUUAAAUCAUUGUUGCAUUAUACAAAUAAAUCCCAUUGUCUAUGGUAUAUAAUCUAAUUAAUAUGCUAAUGAGUUCAGUUUGCUAGUACUUAUUUGAAGUUUUUGCACUGAUAUUCAUUAUAAAUAUUGAUCUGUAAUUUCUUUUCUUGUAAUGCCUUUUUCUGGCUUUGGUAUUAGGGUAAUGCUAGCAUCACUGAGUAAGUUAGGAAGUAUUCUAUCCUUUUCAAUUUUAGGGGAAGUAUUUGAAAAAGAUUGGUGUUAAGUCUUUUUUAAAAGUUUGGUAGAAUUUGCCUGUGAAGCAAUCUGG